UUUGCGUACAUUUGAUCAUCAUCAUCAUUACCAAAUUUCGGCACUUUCAAUGUUUAUAUCAGACGCGCCGAGGAGCGUGAACGAAUGAUCAACGUUGACAUGAUUGAAUUUACCACAGACAUUUAGACACUCACUAAGAAACCGAGCAUGACUUCCGACGACGAGGCACGGUUGCAGAAAGGACUACAGUCCACAAUUGAACCAAGGAAAGCUGACCGCGGUCGAGAUCUCGAGCGUGGACGCGAGAAACGACACAGGUCUAGGAGCAAGGAACGAAGAAAAAGGUCACGGAGUAGAGAGAAAAGGUCCCGGUCACGUAGUCGGGAGAAGAAGAAAGACCGAGACAGGGACAAAGGACGCGACAAAGAGAGACGCAAGGACCGAGGAAAGGAUGAAGAUGGCAAGACCAAUGACGCAGCUGGCAGAGACAAAGAUGAGGACCAGGAGGAGACUUCUUCAAAGAAGGAGCCACUUUCUCUGGAAGAACUGAUGGCCAAAAAGAAGGCUGAAGAAGAUGCCCGCAGCAAGCCAGUGUUCCUGACAAAGGAGCAACGGGCGGCUGAAGCCCUGAAGCGUCGUCAGCAGGAGGUCCAGGAGCAGCGUCAGAGGAUGGAGGAAGAGCGGAAGAAGCGGCAACAGUUUUUUGAGCAGGCCAAGCGCACUUCCGAUGAUGUCUCCGACCGCCUGGACAGACGGAGAAAAGAGCGAGAGCGGUACCGUGAGGUCGAAAAUGAUGAAGACGACAGAGACAAGAUUAGGGAACACAAGGACAAAGAAAAGGAGUUUGAAGCUAUCAAGGAACGCUACCUGGGCCUCAUGAAGAAAAAGCGGCGUGUGCGGCGACUAAAUGAUCGCAAGUUUGUCUUCGACUGGGAUGCCUCGGAGGACACAGCCGUUGACUAUAAUCCCAUCUACAAAGAAAAGCACACCGUACAGUUCUUUGGCAGGGGACACGUUGGAGGCAUUGACCUCAAGGCUCAAAAGAAAGAACAGUCCAAGUUCUACGGUGAAUUGCUGGAACGCAGAAGAACACAGGCUGAAAAAGACCAAGAAGUUCUCCACUGUUGCCUGCAGUUCAAUGCGUGUACGCUGCACGGUGGCAAGGGCCAGGAGCAGCGUGAGUUUGCCCUGGCCAGCCUCAAGAAUGGUUCGAAGGACAUGCUGGUGGCCACAGAUGUCGCUGGCCGUGGUAUUGACAUCCGCAACGUCUCCAUGGUCAUCAACUACGACAUGGCCAAGUCCAUCGAAGAUUACACUCACCGUAUCGGCCGUACCGGACGAGCAGGCUUGCAUGGCAAGGCGGUAUCUUUUGUUACCAAGGAAGACUCCCACCUAUUCUAUGACCUCAAACAGCUGAUACUGAGCAGCCCAGUCUCCACAUGCCCACCCGAACUGGCCAACCACCCAGAUGCACAACACAAGCCUGGUACCGUGGUCACGAAGAAGCGUCGAGAGGAAAAAGAUCUUUGCAUGAAUGUCACGUUGAUGUACAAGGCUGCACGAAAACUGAAGAGGGCUGCAAGUGCUCUAAAGAGGCUGGUACUGUUGAAAAUUUGA